UCUAUAUCGAUCUUAUCGUCCACUCUUCCCAUAGAGACAUAGGUACUUGAGAGGGGAAAAAAGCUGAGAGAGGGAGAGACACUCGGUACGUGCUCACAUUAUUAAUUCGUCUCCAUGUCAAUUCCUAGGAUUUUUCUCAUCACCACCCUGACUGUUGCCCUAGCAAUGGCAAUGGUUGCAACAAUUGUACCUCAAGCAGAGGCAGCUCGUGCUUUCUUUGUGUUUGGUGACUCACUUGUUGACAGUGGCAACAACAAUUACUUGGCCACUACUGCUCGUGCUGAUUCUCCACCUUAUGGCAUUGAUUAUCCAACCCACAGACCAACUGGCCGCUUCUCUAAUGGCUUCAACUUCCCUGAUAUCAUCAGUCAGUCAAUGGGUUUAGAGCCAACAUUGCCAUACUUAAGUCCAGAACUCAAUGGACAAAGACUACUCAAUGGUGCCAACUUUGCUUCUGCCGGAAUUGGAAUCCUCAAUGACACCGGAAUUCAAUUUGUAAACAUAUUAAGAAUGUUCAGGCAAUUUCAGCUGUUUGAAGAAUACCAGCAACGAGUCAGUGCAAUUAUAGGAACAGACCGGACACAGCAGUUAGUGAAUAAUGCCCUGGUCCUUAUAACACUUGGUGGUAAUGACUUCGUUAACAACUAUUUCUUGACACCAUUCGCACCUAGAAGAAGACAAUUCUCCCUUCCCGAUUAUUGCCGGUUUCUUGUCUCAGAGUAUAGGAAACUCCUCAUGAGGCUGUAUGAUUUGGGGGGCAGAAGGAUCCUGGUGACUGGAACUGGACCAUUGGGUUGUGUUCCUGCGGAGUUAGCCAUGUCUGGAAGCACGAACGGAGAAUGUGCACCGGAGCCGCAAAGAGCUGCGCAGAUAUUUAAUCCUCAGCUCUUCCAAAUGCUUCAGAAUCUCAACAGAGAAUUAGGCUCUGAUGUUUUCAUUACUGCUAAUGCAUUUGCAAUGAAUACUGACUUGAUCAAUAGUCCCCAAAGAUUUGGCUUUGUUACAUCAAAGGUAGCGUGCUGUGGCCAAGGUCUGUACAAUGGACUCGGAUUAUGCACAGUGGUUUCGAACCUGUGUCCCAACAGGAACGUCUAUGUAUUCUGGGAUGCUUUCCAUCCAACAGAAAGGGCUAACCGAGUCCUUGUGCAGCAGCUGAUGACAGGGACUACCGAGUACAUGAACCCGAUGAACCUUAGCACCAUCAUGGCCCUGGAUGCCAAGCUCUAAAUUAAGUUAUCAUCGUAUGCCUGUUUCGGUCCUAGUUAAAUUGGAACUCUGAUCGAUUCAAUUGUGUCAUCACUGCAGGCAAGCUAUUAGACAAAUAAUUCAAGGGAUUUAGUAAUGUGAUAAGAUUUCUGUCUGUGUUUUUUUUUUUUUUGUUAUGUAACUGUUGGAUGUUUCUUCGGUAAUAAUUUUCUGUAAUCUCCUUA